CACAUUUCACAGUACACGGAGUAUCUGUCAGACAAUAUGACAACUGGAAUACUGUCGUCGUUUUACAAAGAAAUAGGAGGGAUGUGAAGAGGAACACGGCCAUUGUGUGAUUUUUUGAAGAUGGGAAGAUGCAACAAAAGCGUUUUAUAAAAAUGAGGUGAGAUACAAAGACCCACAAAGAGCAAUAAAACAUAGUGAGCUCAUAUCAUGUCACAAGCUGUCGUCCAAUCUAACCAUGAUUUCUAAAACUGGUAAGCAAAACAAUCAAAAUAUUCUCGUACAAUUUCAAAUCCUGGCCCUUCUGUCAUUCCUUAAGAAUUGCAACCCCUUCUGCGAAAAAAAAUGCAAGGCGAAUCGUUACUGGUUGCGCCAAUCACUGCCCGAAGUAAUCGAGGACGCGGACGAAUUGUUUUCGAACGAGAAGUACAUGGAGGUUUACGAGCUGCUGAACAGGUUGAAAUUUCGGGAGGACGCCGAGGUGCACUGGAGACUGUGCCGCGCGCUUUUCAAAAUGUCCAGCAAUAACUCACUCUCCAAGGUCGUUCGCAACGAGAUGAUCAGCGAAGGAUACGAGCUGAUACGAAGGGCCCUCGAACUGUGUCCGAACAACGCGAACAUUCACAAGUGGGCGGCGAUCAUAAUCGACGCGAAGAGCGGCGCCGAAGGCACGGUCUCGCGCAUUCACUCCUACGGAAUGGUCAAAAUUCAUCUGCUGAAAGCGGCCGAACUAAACCCGAACGACGUGACCGUUUAUUACAUGUUGGGGCACUGGUGUUUUGCGUUGAGCAACAUGACGUGGUUCCAAAGGAAAAUUUGCAGUUUGCUAUUCGCCGCCUGCCCCACGUCCACCUACGACGAAGCGCACGCUUACUUUGUGAAGGCGGAAACGACGAAGCCGAGAUUUUACAUACCCAACCUGUACCUGUUGGGAUGUACCAGUUUUUAUCUGAACGACUUCUGCAGGGCGAGGUAUUACCUUAGUGUCGCAUCUAACUGUACUCCUCGAACACGUUUUGAAACCGAAUGCGUUGUUGCUGCCAGAAGGCUGAAUAAACCACUUUUGGAACAAAAUUCGCCAAGUGACUAACAUUGUAAUGUUUAUUAAAUCGUGGUGCCAACUCUUCCCUUCUUUUCUCAUUCAUGGCUCUCGGUGGAACACCCCCGUCGUAUUUCUCGUACUGGGAUAAUUGCUAAUACUAAUACAGCACCAAAAGGGUGCCGUCGACGAAUCCGAUUGGUUGUGUGCAGUUAGUU